AUGCCCGACCCGACCUCGGCGGAUUCGUACUACCUGACAGGCAAGGAUGCCGCCGCCAAAGAACGAGAACAACGUCUGCUGGCUGCGAAGCGCAAGGUGCGUACUUGAUCUCUCUCUGUGUGCUCAGCACGACCGUGGCGUCUCCUCUUGCGCGAGGAAAGGAGAUGCCCGUUGCCGCCGCACGCGGCUGUCGCUUGGGAAUGCAAGGCGACUGACGCCCGGCGCGAUCGUGACGGAAUCGGCCGAGACCCCCGCAAGUGUCGUAGUGCAUGGGGUGCGCGACGCUGGAGAUGUGGGAGCUACUGUGGGAGGAUGACGCGAGGGAUGGAUGCUGUGUGUUCUCUUACUGACGGACAGGCUCGUUGUGACGGCGCUCCUCACAGCUCAAGAGCUAUCGCGCGCGACAGGCGAAGGGGAGCUCGAUCGCCUCGUCCGACUCGCUCGCAUCACGAUCGACUGUCGCAAAGCGAGAAUCCGUGCAAUCCGUCGCGUCGUUGACGGCAUCUCUCGAAGGCCCGGGGACACCGCACAAGCACCGCCGAUCCAUCUCGAAGUCGGCGCUCUUGGGCGAGCGCGUUGCGCCGUCGCCGACGCUGCCGAGCGCGAUGGGCCAUGGCCGGCGAGCGUCGAAAUCCCGGCACUCGAGAGGGCCUUCCCUGACAGCACAGAUCACCCAGAUCAAGGGACACAGCCAUCAGCGAUCCCGGUCUCGCGCCUCCAUCUCGAUCCACAGCACGCCCCGGAUUCACGCGCCCCAAGACAGCUUUAGUGGCAGUCUCAACCCUUUCGACCCCUUUGCGUCCGCGCUUCCGCGAUCGACAUCGCCAUUACCUCCCGGUGCCAAGACUCCAAAUACGACAGCGAAUCCGAGUGUGGGCUGGAUCACGAAUCCGUUUGUAGGUGUGACCCCCGCUCCCGAAGCGUCGACCUCGAAGCUCCCACCACCGACCUUGUCUCCGACGCGAGACACCUACACGACGUCCGCGCCCUCGCAACCCUCGCAGCCAUCGCAACCGCCGCACCCGCAGCAUUCUACAACUUCUUCGUCGUCGUCGAUAAGUGGCAGGAUGGCUCACCACGAGCGACGAGCUUCGAGACACGCACGGCAGAGCUCCGUCUCAAACUUUCGCGAGUCGCUCGAGAUUGUUUCGGGCCAGGGACAGUAUUCAGCCACGGGACCUCUUGGCUACAGCCCUGCGGUGUCGUCAUUCGCCGCAGCACCGUCGUCCGUGUCUUUGUCGCCUUCGAACUCGUUUCAGGGCGUUGCGAUCCCAAUGAUCCCCAUCACUCCAUCCAGCACAUCGCCGCGCCCGAACACCUCGAUGCCCUGGGAAGCCGACCCGGCCAAGGUCCUCGAGGCCUUGAAGGAACGCGGACGUCGCGAAUCUGACUUUGGUCUGGAUCCAGAAACAGACCGACGGAACGCUCUGGAGGCUCUGGAAGGACGAGUGGCCGCGCCGUCAGAGAUGAUCGAUCUCGGCAAUGAGGAGCAGGGCCAACUGAUGAGGGCACCGAGAAGCCCCGGUUUCACGGACACUGGGAAGCCACUGGCACCUGCCGGACUGCUCGGGGCGCCCUUGAUUGGAGCGGGUACAUCGUCAAACGCUUCUCCGUCGUCUCUUCCAUCCUUUGCGCACUCACCAAUCAUCGGCCUAGGCGUUUCAGGCAAGAGGCGCGACAGCUGGAACCCGCCAGGACCGGUUACCGCAGCUGGCGCAAAAGGCGCAAUGGAUUUAGGCAUGCUUGUAGAAGAAGAGGAAGAGGAAGAACACAACGACCCGCUCAUCUCUCCGCGGCGACGCACGCCCCGAAAGGUGCGAACUGCCUCCACGAAGAGCACGAAAUCAUCUCCCGGAGGCCCCAUCUCCCCGACGCCCCGGGCCCGUACGUCCACGAUCGACUCGGUCGUGAUCCCGAUGAUGGAAACUGUCGAGAUCGAUGACAGUCGGUCACCUCCACCGCCACCGCCACCCCCGGCUUCCUCGGUAUUCACCCCCCGUCCCUUGCGCACGCUGUCGCUGACCGGCUCGAUCAUUUCGUCAGGGUGCCCCGGUGGGACUCCUUCGUCUGCGGCCCCCUCCCCGCCCGUCACUCGUCAGACGCCUUUGUCGUCCGUUGCGUCGCCUCCGUUGGCACCCGUCGAAGAUGCUCGCACGUCGCCGACUCUCGAGCGCAGAGUGAGCAUGUUCCAUAGUGCAGCGGUCGCGACGGCGAAUGGCCACGACAUGACUCCGUCGCCGUUGACGUCUUCGCCGAGCAGCAUGCCGCGUUCUACCACGGGUGGUGGCCUCCGUUCGCUGUCGAUCGGGUCGAACACGUCGCCCCCGCUUGACCGUAUGCCGAAUCGUAGCCCCUUCGGACAGCGACGUGUUGUCUCGGGACCGAAUCAAGCCUCUCCCUCGCCGGUGGGCGCCUCGCCCAGCUUUGGCGGCGACAACACGCAGAGACGUUCCUCCAUCACGUACAAGACGGCCUCACUCUCGUCCUCGUUGGGAGCUCAGGACGCUCCGUCUUCUUAUGCACGAACGCAGAGUACGCGCGGGCAUCAGUGGCAAGUGAGCACCGGCGGAGGGGGCGGAGGAGCGGCAUUGGCCGGCUACCCCUUCCCGGCCUAUGGCGGCUUCGGAGAUCUUCAUCUUGACACCACCGACGAUGAGGAUAACCAUUCGCCCUCGGUCGCUUCGCCGCUAGGCUCGGUCUCGGCCAUCUCACCAAUUGCCGCCCCUCGCGCACUGCCCAAUGUCUCAACCGCCAGCUCCAUCUCCAGCUCCGCCUUUUCGGCCUCGGCAGCAAGCCAAAAGAACAGCCUCGAAAGGGACCGCGACGACUCGUCGGGGCUGCGACAACAAGUCGCAUCGCUGCAAUCGCAAGUCGAGCAUCUCAAGGCGUCGCAAAUGCAACUCACGUCAACACACGCACUUGAGAUAGCCGACCUCGAGAAGAACGCGGCUGGCGAGGUCGGAGAGCUUCGGACGCGGAUCGAGGAGCUCGAAAAGUCACUCGAGGCCGGCACGACAGCGCGACGCUUCGAACUUGAGGGGCUGACCCGUGAGAUCGAGCAAGCGCGCGAGGCUCUGCGCGAUGUGAUUGAGGAGCGCGACGAGUUGCGCGAAGACGUCGAUGGUUGGCGUAAACGGUGUGCCUCGCUCGAAGUGGCGCCGAGGAAAGAUCGGGAGGACGAAGCGUUGGCCCAGGCGCAGGCCAAACUGAUUGGCGAAAUGCGUGAUCAGAUCCUCAAUCUCGCCGGUGCCCUCGAACGCGAACGCAAGCAGCACGAUGAGACGCGCCAACUACUCGAGCGUUCGCUUGCAAAUCGUGCUCCGACGGCGCAGAGCAAUGCAAAGCCGUCAUCCUUUGGUCAGCAGCGCAAGCCAGCCCCCGCCCCUGCGCACUCGGCGCACAUGAUCAUCGAGCCCACCCCGGUGACACUCGAGAUUGGCGAAGCCGAUGCCAAGGCGUUCGCGCGCGUCCCCCAACAUGGCUUCAAGAACGCCUCCGACGGGUCCGUCCUCUCUGGCUCGUCGUUCGGACGCUCGUACUCGGGAACGACGACCGAGGGCACGUCGGUCGACGACUCGUACUCGAUCAGGAUGACCUCCUCGCCUCCAUCACAUAGCAACUUCGGCUCCAAAGGUCGAGAGAGCGAUUUCGGCAGCGCGGCUGCGCUCAACCAGUUGCAAACGCUCGCCGAGGAGGAGGAAGAAGAGGACGCCGCCAUUGUUGAAGCGAACCGCAUGCAGCACGACACCGGGUCAACAGGCUCGGUCAGCAGCGUCGCGAUGCCCCUGACGCCCAACAAGGAGGACUUGCCGACCUACCAUCAUCGAUCGCACUCGUUUGUUCGGCACUGGAGCGUGAGCGCUGUUCACUCAUUAUGCGCGGACUGUGUGAGCAAAUACUGAUGCUUCUUUGCCUUCUAUCUAGUUCCCCAAGGGCAGUGUCAGCUCGGUGCGCAUGUCGAUGGAAGAGGAUCAUUCCUUCUUCGACUACAACCGUCACACGUCCUUGCCGCCCCUUCCGCUCGAUGCACAGUUCCCGCCCUUCAUCACCGCAGACCUCACCGUCGAAGAAGAUGAUCUGCACGACACUGGCUCGCCGUCGCUUUCGCAGUCUGCACCCGCGCAUGGUCGUCGACCAUCUUCGCCCCGCCCACUCAAUCGCAUGAACCCCCACACGCGACAGUCCUCAGGCCAGUACACCCGAGGUACACCCCCUGUCGCACCCUCGGCGCUGAUACGUGCUCAGCUUGCAUCGUCGACCUCGUCGACCUCGUCGACCUGCUCCGAACCCAACGGGAACGCCCCUUCGAAGCAAGGGCUUUCUCGUUUCGGUUUCGGGAUCAUCGGUUCCCUUAGUGGUUGGUCACCGACGAGCUCGGCCCCGGCGACCACCCUCCCGAGCUCGCAACCCAAGGCGCCUUUUUCGCAACCACCUCGCGAACAAGACAAGAUCGACGCCCCUCCAUCGCGACGACGAGCCUCGUCGUCGGCUUCUCGAGCCCAGAUACCCAUUCCGCCACCACCCAUGUCGUCCAAGUAUUCGGCGGCGAUGAAGGGGCUCGCGCCUCAGUCGGCACCGCGCUACAUUAAGACUUCGGAAGUCAAGCGCCCGCGUGCGUCUCGUUUGGCCGUUCUGAACUUUGAUCCCGUCUGCUGCGCAGACGAAGAUGUGUUCCACGUCUAG